UCCUGUUUCCUUUUCUGGGUGCCUAGACGAUGACCCCUACCAGCCGAUGACCUCGGACCAGACCGUGGCAGUGGGCGGGACCGUGACGCUGACCUGCCAAGUACAGGAGAGCGACAACUCCUCCCUCCAGUGGUCCAACACCGCCCAGCAGACCCUGUACUUUGGAGAGAAGAGAGCUCUGAGAGAUAACCGCAUCCAGCUGCACAGGUCUACCAGCACUCUGCUGUCCAUCACCAUCGGCGAGGUGCAGCUGUCUGACGAGGGAGAGUACACCUGCUCCAUCUUCACCAUGCCCGUGCGCACCGCCCGCGCCACUGUCACCGUGCUGGGUGUGCCGGGAAAACCCCAAAUCUCCGGGUUCGAGGACGCCGUGCAGGAGGGAGGUGAACUCACCCUUACAUGCACCAGCUCUGGGAGCAAGCCCCCUGCCAAGCUCCGCUGGUACAGAGGACAAGAGGAGCUUCCAGGCCGUCCAGACGUGGUGGAGUCCAACCCGGACGAGCCGACCUACACGGUGAUCAGCGAGCUCACGCUCACGGCCAGCCGGGACGACGACAACGUGAUGAUCGCCUGCGCCGUGGACCACCCGUCCCUGUCCCCCGGGGACAAGCGGAGCGAGCAGCCCCUCCGAGUGCUGUUUACCCCUAACGUGAACAUCCAGCCAGAGAGUGACCUUCCCAGGGAGGGGGAGAAAUUCCACCUGCAGUGCAUGGGCAACGGAAACCCAGAACCCAUGUCGUUCACGUGGCAGAAGAAAGAUGGCGGGGACCUGCCCCCGCUGGCCAAGGUCGACGGCAGCUUCCUGCGCUUCGAGGCGCUCAACAAGUCCGACAACGGCGUGUACAUAUGCCAGGCAGACAACGGCAUCGGCACGAGCCAGGGGGAAUACACCCUCCUAGUCCAAGACGCCCCAGACAACGCUGCAGACCCGACGGCCAUGUCGACCUCCUCGGGCGUGGACCACGCCGUGAUCGGGGGCGUGGUGGCGGUCAUCGUCUUCAUCCUGCUGUGUCUGCUCAUCGUCCUGGGCAGAUACCUCAUCAGGCACAAAGGGACGUACCUCACCCACGAGGCCAAGGGCUCGGACGACGCCCCCGACGCCGACACGGCCAUCAUCAACGCAGAGGGGGGCCACUCCGGGGCCGAGGACAAGAAGGAGUACUUUAUCUAA